AUGCCGCCUAAGAAGUCGAAGAAAACAAACAAACACAAUCAGGAUUGGGCCGGCGACGACGACGAUGCCGUUGUGGAUAUAUUGGCUGCCGCCAAAGUGAAUGAUGAUAUAACACCUGAAGAACCUGUGCAACCUAACCGUGGAAAUAAGACUUCUAAAAAAAACAAGAAAAAGAACAAAAAUCAAGAUUGGGAAGAUGAAGCUGAAGAUUUGGUAGAUAUUGUAGCCGCUUCAGCAGUAAAUGAUGAUGCAACUGUCAAUGAGGUGUCACAACCUAACCGUGGAAAUAAAGUUUCUAAAAAAAACAAAAAGAAAAAUAAAAAUCAAGAUUGGGAUGACGAAUCAGAAGAUGUAGUUGAUCUAUUGGCGGACACAAAAUUAAAUGACAAUGAUGACGAUGUCGAAGAUAUCCCACAGCCAGUUCGUGGAAAUAAGAUCUCUAAAAAGAAUAAGAAAAAGAAUAAAAAUCAAGAACAAGAUUUGGAAGAAGAUUCAGCAGUUGAUGAUGACGAUGUUGAUGUUGAUAAUGUUGAUGAAGAAAUGCACGCUUAUCUGAAUGAUAUGGUUGAAAUAUCAUCGACUGAAGAAGUCCCUGAUGAGGAACUGACUACAAUUCCGAAAGGAAAAAUUUCAAAAAAAAACAAACGGAAAAAGAAAGAUUUUGAUUUGGAGGAAGACGAUGACAGCACACUGGUUCAAGACUAUCUAGUCAAAAUUAGUGACGACAAUAAACCAUCGGAGAGCAUUGUAGAACCAGUCGUCAAAGCCAACGAUGAACCAACAGUAGUAGAAAACACUGACGAGCAAGUUGAAAAGGUCACUGGUGACAAUAAAGACGACAAAGCACCGGCGACUAUACCAAAUCAAGAAGUAGGCAACGAAGACGGCGGUGAUAUAGAUGAUGAACUGGAAGCUGCUAAGCUUGCAGGAAAAAAAAAGAAAUCGAAAAAAAACAAAAAGAAGAAAAUGGAUGACGAGGACAUCCUUAUGAGGACCCCGACAGCUGAAGUGGUGAUGGGUGAUGAUGUAAUGAGUAAUGAAAAAGAAAUUGAUUUGGAAGCAAAAAAAUAUGUUAUCGACGAGGAAUUGCAAGUUGAACCGUGUGCCGACGUUAUAGCUGACGUAAUAGCUGACGAUAUGACGACAUCCAUUACCACUGAAGGCAAAAACAGCGAUAAUACAGACAAACUCGUGGACGAAGCUGCACAGGAUAUAGUAAAAGAGCCCAAAAAAAAGUCGAAAUCUAAGGAGCUCCCAAACAAAUCUGAUAAAAUGUCCCAUAAAGAGAAGAAAAAAAUGAAAAAAGAGACGGAAUAUCAGAAACAAAUGGAUUUAAUGACAAAGAAAGGGGGUCAGGGUCAUAGUGAGUUGGGCGCAAACUUCUCGGUGUCACAGAUUCAAAAGACGGCAGGUCAGCUAGCAGCCAUGGAGCACGCUGUCGACAUCAAAAUCGAUAGCUUUAGCAUCGCGGCCAAGGGCCAGGACCUGUUUGUCAACGCUAGUCUGCUGAUUGCCCACGGCCGGCGGUACGGUCUAGUCGGACCAAAUGGUCACGGAAAAACAACACUACUCAGACACAUUGCCGAACGCCUGUUCGACGUGCCACCGGGUAUUGAUAUCCUAUACUGCGAACAGGAGGUAGUGGCUGAUGAAACAACGGCGGUUCGGGCCGUACUUAGAGCGGACACUCGGUGUACGGAGUUGCUAGCUGAGUGUAAAAAACUCGAGGAAGCUCAAGAAAAAGGCACGGGCGAAGACGUAACGGAAAGACUAAACGAAGUAUACGACGAGCUCAAGGUGCUCGGGGCCGACUCGGCUGAACCCCGAGCUCGGCGCAUACUUGCUGGUCUUGGUUUCUCCGCUGCGAUGCAGGACCGGGCCACCAAAGACUUCUCGGGAGGCUGGCGGAUGCGCGUGUCCCUUGCCCGGGCUCUGUUUCUGGAACCUACGUUGUUAUUACUCGACGAACCGACUAAUCAUUUAGACUUGAACGCUGUCAUCUGGCUGGACAAUUAUUUACAGGGAUGGAAAAAAACUCUAUUAGUCGUAUCUCACGACCAGAGCUUUUUAGACAACGUGUGUAACGAGAUCAUUCACUUGGACCAGAAGCGAUUGUUCUAUUACAAAGGUAAUUACAGUAUGUUCAAGAAAAUGUACUCACAGAAAAAAAAGGAGACCAUCAAGGAAUACGAGAAACAGGAGAAACGGCUGAAGGAAAUGAAACAACAAGGUCAAUCCAAGAAGCAAGCCGAGAAAAAACAAAAAGAAGUAUUGACCCGUAAACAGGAAAAGAACAAGGGCAAACCGGGUAAAGGUGCUGGCAUUGACGAUGAUGACAACGCUGAACCCACCCAGCUAUUACAAAAGCCCAGAGACUACAACGUCAAGUUUUCGUUCCCCGAUCCCAGUCCAUUACAGCCGCCUAUACUGGGUCUACACAGUACGAGUUUCGCAUAUCCCACUCAGAAGCCGUUGUUUAAGAAUGUUGAUUUUGGCGUUGACCUCAACUCCCGGGUAGCUAUUGUCGGGCCCAAUGGUGUAGGCAAGUCGACGUUCCUUAAGCUGUUGACUGGUGAUUUGCAGCCCAGCAUCGGUGAAAUGCGAAAGAACCAUCGGAUGAAACUUGGAAAGUUCGACCAGCAUUCCGGUGAACAUUUGACUGCCGAAGAGACGCCCGCCGAAUAUUUGAUGCGGUUAUUCGACUUGCCGUAUGAAAAAGCGCGCAAGCAGCUGGGUACUUUUGGGCUGGCAGGCCACGCUCAUACGAUCCGCAUGAAGGACCUGUCUGGUGGACAAAAGGCCCGUGUUGCCCUGGCUGAACUCUGUCUGAAUGCGCCUGACGUCAUUAUACUGGAUGAGCCUACAAACAACUUGGAUAUUGAAUCCAUUGACGCUCUAGCAGAAGCGAUAAACGAUUACAAAGGAGGUGUCAUAAUUGUAUCUCACGACGAACGACUGAUCCGUGAUACUGAAUGUACACUAUGGGUUAUCGAGGACCAGACAAUCAACGAAGUUGAUGGCGACUUUGAUGACUACCGAAAAGAGCUAUUGGAGUGUUUGGGGGAGGUGAUCAACAGUCCAAGUAUCGCAGCCAACGCAGCCGUCGAACAAUAA